UCCUUUAAUUUAAAACAAAGUGGUUUUCUCGCUGAAAUCCGAGGUUAGUCUCGUUCGGCGGCUGCCUGACUAACAGUAAGGAUCGAGCCUGGCAACACUGAUUGAAAAGAAAAUAUUGGAUCGGUAAGAGCGUUUGAUGAGUUUUUAAUCCCAGCAAAAAGACAAUCUGGCGUAGAAGAUGAAGCUUCUUUUGUACUUUGUUAGUUUCAUAACAAUUACUACGCAAAGUUUCCACCUAAUCGUAGCAACAGUAAUUACCACCUCUGUUUUAAAAACGAGUACAGCAAUUGCACGAACAUUUACGACGAUUCCCACUUUGCUAGCUUUGCCAAAUAUGACAACAAAGCCAAUUGGUAAGUCAACGAUAUUUAGUGUAACGAGUUAUACCACGUUCACGAACAGAAUGGAAAGUUCACUGGCCAAUCAAGAAUCUUUUCCGCUUAUGAUUAGUAAGAAGUCCAUGGUUAUUGCCUCGAGUUUUUCCAAAUCCCUGUUUAUCUCAAGAAUCGUUUUGAUAAGUAGUUCUAUGUUACCUCUCGCUGUUAGUAAGCCAUUUUCAAGCUCUCAGCGGAAGGAAAGCAGACCACGAAAAUUGCAAUCCACUAUGGCGGUGAAAACAACCACGUCAACUACACUAAGAACAACGGCAAAUAUGGCGAUGAGCGAUGUCACAUCGCUAAUGUUAAAUAUGACAAAAUCGUCAACGAACCAACCAAUAGUUUCCAAUACGAACAAAACGCCAUCACAAUUGAAUAAAACUAAGACGAACAUCAUCAGACCAUCAUUUACGGUUAACAUUACUACGAUGAAAACAAGUAUGGCGACAAAUCCUCUAACCAAGGCUAUUACCUCGAAGUUUUCCAAAUUCCUGUCUACCACGAGAAUCAUUUUGAUAUGCAGUUCUAUCAGUUUGUCAAAUCUGGCUGUUAAUAAAUCAAGUUCUGAACAGAAAGAGAGCAGACCAGGAAGUAUGGCAAGUUUUUCCACGUCAUCUUCGAGGUCUUCCGAGGCUGCUUCCCUGAUAAUUUCAACUAUUUCAUUACCCACAACUACGAGAAAUAUUUUACCAACUAAAAAUCUUACAACUGGAUUUCCAGCAUUGGUGACUAACAUGUCGUCAACAAUAAUAGGAAUUUCCUAUUUUCCCUCGGUUAGCUCUUUGACAUAUUCAUCUAGCUCUCAGGUAACGACGCCUUUUUUUCCUGAAGUAGUGUCAGUUCGCCUAACAAUAGAUUCUAACUGCACCCAAGUACCAAACGUCCAGUCGGCUGCUUUCAAAUUAGCCGUGAAGCAAUCUUGCAGUCAAGUACUGAACAUUUCAAUUUCGAAGAUAAACAUUUCUAAAAUCACUUGCGGGUCUAUUCUCGUGGAUAUGACAAUACAAAACGUAAAGAAUGAAAAUAUAUUUCAGAAAUUAUUUUCUGCUAUCAAGAAUAACGAACUGAAUAUUACUUAUGACGGGACAAAACUGCAAGUAACUUCAGUCAAUAUAACGCGACCAGCAACAUUACCUUCACCAACACGAUUACCGACCAGUAACGGUGGCGAUAGCGACAAUAAAACUGCUCUGAUACUAUACAUUGUAGUUGGCUCGGUUCUAGGAUUAAUUUUUUUAACAGGAGUCAUAGCAUUAGUCUGUCAUCGCUGUUUUGAACGAUCAACAACACCCCGCACGGUCCAUGAAAAUCUAAAGCUCAGUGAGCUCUCUUGUGGUAAUAAAUCUGGCGGGAACUUUUACGGUCACCAACAGCCCGAGUCGAGCCAGAUUGGAAUUAGCGGUAUCCCAAAUGAAUCUGGUACUGCAGACGACGAUGAGACGGAUAAUGUUGGGAGCAGUUUUCUUCCCGAAUGGAAAAGCCAAUCAACUUUAGAUAUGUCAGAUGUUGUUCAUGAAGAUGAUACCACUGAGCUGAAGGUCAAUGAUGUAUUCCUGACGUAUGGAAAGCCCGAUACUGGAGACGGCAAUACGGGGUUCAACAAUCCGAUAGUUUCGUCUGAAGAUAUUGACACCGUAUGAAAUAAAACACAAGACCCGUUUACAGUUGCAAUCAGUUUGUUACGAUUUUAUGUGGGAUUUUCUUCUUUUGACAGAUGGAAAGGAGCAAAAAUUUAUGAAUCCUCUAAUGUAUAAGUCUUCUUAUUUGAACAUCCGUAACGUAUUCACUCAUUCACAUCUAUUAAAAGGAGAAAAUCGCAGCAAAAAUCCCAAAUGUAAACGGGCCUACAGUUACCGUACAGCCGACAUAAGUAGAGUAAAAUAAUUUGCAUGUAAUGUCGAAGAGUUAAUGUUAUAAAGGCUGUGUGGGACUAAUUGAAAAGGAUUGAGAUACGGAGGUUAAAUUUUUAGUUUACACACUACAGCAAAUUUUACGUAAACGGAUUCAAAAAUCCGGUUUCUUGUUGAUAGCACUAUACCCGAGCUUUUUUACAAACGGGCUUAACGCCAGGGACGCCGGAACGAUGCCAGGGCAAAGAGGGAGGAGAUUUUUGUGAAAGGGCACUUCUGAAGCGCGACGCGUGAAAGGGAAUGCCUUGCAAAACGUUCUCUGUAAAACUUUCAUGCACUUAAGAUAUAUAAUAUGUAGUCCUUUUAAAUAGAAAGGCAUCCUCGUUUCACCCUCCCUUGCCCCUGCUGGCAAAAGGCAGAAGAGCAGCCGCCCUUGCUGCCCCGUAUUCCGGCGUCCAUGCUUUAGGCAUGCCGACUGAAAAGCGUUGUUCUUAACCUCAAGUUUCAUAAACCUUCAGUUUCUCAUCGAAGUUAAGCCUUAACAGUGACGAUUGCCACGACAGCUAUGCCAGCUGACGAUUUAGUCCCAGGCUGGUUAUGCUACUGGAAAAUAAAGUAGAAAUUUAUUUAUAUUAUCAGUUCUGUUAAAUAACUUGAGAGUCACUGAAUCAAGUUCCGUUCUUGAUCCGCUGCUGACCAAAAUUCCGGGAACAUUGCACAUGCAGAGUUUAAAAUAAUUAGUGUAUCUAGAAAUGAUCAAUACGAAACGAAAUGGAUGCAGGAUAGUAACAAACACAGUCGCUUAAACAUUUAAAAUAUCACUCGCACCAAUCAUCCACAAUUGUACUUGUCAUCGCAUGAUUAGCCUACUACUUGCCAAAUCUUGUUUGCAUGAAUUCACCAACGUUUUUGUUUUAAAAUUACCUAGUUUCACUGAACUGUUUUGGGCUCUAUUCGUUGUAGUGUGUUUUUCUUUGGGUAAAGGUGAUGCUAUGGACCCUAAUUCCAAUGCGAGUACGCCGGUAUUGAUAACAAUAUCUGGUUUCUUUGUAAAAGCUUUAGGUCAACUUCUGAUUUAGAGCUCUCAGUUACUCGCGUAGGUUCUUCAAAUUAAUUGUUGAAAUCGUAAAUUUUUGUGUUUACC